AUGGAUUUAUCUUCACAAGAAUACAAUCCCACUGAGUUUUGUUUUCCUGCAGUAAACAACUCUUGUCUUAAAGGCACACACCUUGUGUCCACUCAGACUGUGUUGUAUCUCAUAUUAGUGUUGGCGAUGACUGUGACUAUUCUUGGAAAUUCGGUGGUCAUCAUCUCCAUAGCGCACUUCAAACAGCUCCAGACUCCCACUAAUAUCCUGGUGAUGUCUCUGGCUCUCGCGGACCUGCUGCUCGGACUGGUGGUCAUGCCUUUCAGUAUGAUCCGUUCUGCCGAUGGUUGCUGGUACUAUGGAGAUGCUUUCUGUUUGCUCCACUCCACUUUUGACUUGUUUCUCACUUCUGUGUCUAUUUUUCAUCUCAUUUUUAUUGCUAUUGAUCGACAUCAGGCUGUGUGUUAUCCACUUCAAUACCCAACGAGAAUAACCAUAUCUGUUGCAUGGGUCAUGGUGCUGAUAAGUUGGAGCAUGGCUGCAUUAUAUUCAUAUGGUUUAUUGUACUCAAAAGCAAAUGUGGAAGGAAUGGAGGAAUUUAUUGCAUCCACAUACUGUUUGGGAAGUUGCACUCUGUUUUUCAAUGCAUUGUGGUCUGUUUUGGACACGUUACUAACUUUUUUAUUGCCUUGUUCUGUCAUGGUUGGACUGUAUGCAAGAAUUUUCGUAAUUGCAAGAAAGCACAUUAGAACUAUCGGUGAUGCAAAACAGCAUGAAAAUGAGACAACGUUUAAGAGCUCUCGACGAUCUGAGCGCAAAGCAGCAAAAACUCUCGGUGUGGUCGUGGGUGCCUUUAUUAUUUGCUGGCUGCCGUUCUUUAUUAACUCUAUGAUGGAUCCCUACAUCAACUUUUCCACCCCAGUUGCUCUUUUUGAAGCGUUUGUCUGGUUAGGUUACAUUAACUCAACCAUAAACCCUAUUAUAUACGGCCUUUUCUAUCCAUGGUUUAGAAAAACCCUUUCUCUCAUUAUAACAAUGAAAAUAUUUGAACCAAACUCGUCUGAUAUCACCGUUUUCACAGUUUGAUUGUAUUUCUAAUCUCACUAUGCAGCACAUGCUUCCUUUUGCAGAUCACAUAAAGUGCA